UACAACACUGUACCAGGAAAAAAAAAAUACAGUUAUACUUAUUCAAACACCAACUGAUCUCUUUCUUUCUUUCUACUUUGUCUUUCAUUACAAUCUUUCUCUGAUUCUCUCUAUAUAUUCCUCCAACAAAACCCAAAUCAAAUCAAAAUUCCCAAAUACCCACCACAGAGAUCUGGAAAGCAUGAGAGAACCGACGGUUGUCGGCUCCGAGUCCAACCCCACUUCGGCGGUGGCUUCACUUCCUCCCCCGGCCCCGCCUCAGGCAUUGCUUGAACGUCUCAAAGAUUACGGCCAGGAAGACGCUUUCGUCCUCUGGGACGAGCUCUCCCCGGACGAACGUGACUUCCUCGUCAAGGACAUCGAAAGUUUGGAUCUUUCGAGAAUCGAUCGGAUCAUUCGAUGCUCGCUUCGAUCUCAAGGGCUGCCGGUGGCGGCGAUUGAGCCGGUGCCGGAGAGGAGCGUGUCGACGGUGGAGGAGAGAACCAUGGAGGAAAGAGAGAGGUGGUGGAAGAUGGGUUUGAAGGCUAUUUAUGAAGGAAAGCUAGCUGUUUUGCUUUUAUCUGGUGGCCAGGGAACUCGACUUGGAAGUUCAGAUCCGAAGGGAUGCUUCAAUAUUGGACUUCCAUCUGGGAAGUCUCUUUUUCAACUCCAAGCUGAGCGAAUUUUGUGUGUCCAAAGACUAGCUGCUCAAGCUGCAAGUGAGGGUUCUGCUGGUUCAGCUACAAUUCAUUGGUACAUAAUGACCAGUCCAUUUACUGAUGAUGCCACACGCAAAUUUUUUGAAAGUCAUAAGUACUUUGGUCUUGAAUCAGAUCAAGUCACUUUCUUCCAGCAAGGCACCAUACCUUGUGUUUCAAAGGAUGGUAGAUUUAUUAUGGAGACUCCAUACAAAGUUUCUAAGGCUCCGGAUGGGAAUGGAGGAGUAUAUUCAGCUCUGAAAUAUUCAAAACUGUUAGAAGACAUGGCCAGCAGAGGGAUCAAAUUUGUGGACUGCUAUGGAGUUGACAAUGCACUGGUCCGCGUGGCUGAUCCAACUUUCCUGGGAUAUUUUAUUGAUAAAGGUGUAGCUUCUGCUGCAAAAGUUGUCCGAAAGGCAUAUCCACAAGAAAAGGUUGGUGUGUUUGUAAGGCGAGGCAAAGGUGGACCCCUCACUGUGGUCGAGUACAGUGAGUUAGAUCAGUCACUGGCUUCUGCAAUCAAUCAAGAGACUGGACGUCUUCGUUUUUGUUGGAGUAAUGUUUGCCUACACAUGUUCACUUUGGAUUUUCUGAACCAAGUGGCAAAUGGCCUCGAAAAAGACAGCGUUUACCAUCUUGCCGAGAAAAAAAUACCUUCCAUCCAUGGAUACACAAUGGGCUUCAAACUAGAACAGUUCAUAUUUGAUGCUUUUCCUUAUGCUCCUUCAACUGCGCUUUUUGAGGUAUUACGUGAGGAGGAGUUUGCACCUGUCAAAAAUGCCAACGGAUCAAAUUUUGACACCCCAGACAGUGCUCGGCUGCUUGUUCUCCGACUCCACGCUCGUUGGGUUGUUGCUGCCGGUGGCUUUUUAACACAUUCAGUGCCCUUAUAUGCAACUGGUGUGGAGGUCUCGCCACUCUGUUCGUAUGCUGGAGAAAACCUAGAAGCUAUAUGCCGUGGAAGAACAUUUCAUGCACCUUGUGAAAUUUCUUUCUAGUUGAGUUUUAUCUUUAUAUUUUUUAUUUCCACGGCGCCCUUGUAGUCAAACUGAGCUGGGAAAGGUCCAUCUUUCCCAUGCCUUCAUCUAGAUGGAUUGGAGCGGGUCACUGGGGUGUAUAUGUUCGAGAAUCAAUACACGGUUUCUUAAUAUACUGGGGUGGAUGAGAUUGGUGUAGUUUUAUUAGCAUUCGAGUUAUUGUCGUGUAAUCUUGCCCCGUGAUUUUCAAAUCAUAUGCGUAUUAUAUGCCCAUACACGCAUGCAC